UUAGCUGCCCCGAGGCCUGCCUGAGCCCACCUCGGAAGAGGCCCGGGACGCCGGGUGCCGUCCGCGGUCCUCAGGGGUGCCCACCUAGGCCUAGGCCCGGCCUGCUGGCAAGGCCGAGCCGCCGCUCUUUAUUUCAUUCGUAGUUUCUGCACAGGCUGAAGUUCCGUGGGUUGGGCUGUACUUGGGACCUCUCCGAAGAGGACCUGUUUGCUUUUUUUGUUUCCAAAAUGGCAGCCUCCAGCCGCGCACAAGUGUUAGAUCUGUACCGGGCUAUGCUGAGAGAAAGCAAGCGUUUCAGCGCCUACAAUUACAGAACGUAUGCUGUCAGGAGGAUAAGAGAUGGCUUCAGAGAAAAUAAAAAUGUAAAGGAUCCUGUAGAAAUUCAAACCCUGGUGAAUAAAGCCAAGAGAGACCUUGGAAUAAUUCGUCGACAGGUCCACAUUGGCCAACUGUAUUCAACUGACAAGCUGAUUAUUGAGAAUCGAGACAUGCCCAGGACCUAGCAAGCCGGGACCAGCCACCAGCAGCAGCCAGGGACCACCUUCAGCAUCCAUUCUGUGUUUGAGAUGGGGGCUCCCAAAGCCAGAUUACAACAGCCUCUUGUGCAGCCUGCCCUGUGGGAGCUGAUAAACUGAGUCACAUUUGCAAUCUGCUGUAGCCUUACUGAAAAAGGACAGCUGUCUGUCCUUGGUUCAAGUGUUAGAAUGAAGAGCUGGAGCUCCUUCCGAAUAAUGCCGUGUGUUACCGCGUCUCCCCUCCACCCCUCUCCUAUCUUGUAGCUCAUGACCACUGUGUAUAGUAUUUCUACACUUUGUUUCUUGGUCCUUGACAAUAAAAAGAAUUGUCUUCCUGAGCCUUUCACACCAGAUAAA